AUGGAAACCCUUCUACCGGCGUUCCCCAAGUUCGAUCCACACACGGACGCGUCGUCACUCGCACAGCGUUGGACUAAAUGGCACGCCCGUUUCGAAAACUUCCUUUUGGCCGCCAACGUCACAGAUCCCACUAGAAAGCGUACUAUGCUGCUUCAUUACGCCGGAGAGGAGCUGUGCGACAUUUUUCAAACCCUCUCGGAUACGCAAUCGGACUACGACACAGCUGUCGCCCGUUUGAAAGCGCACUUCGCCCCUAAGAAAAAUACCGUGUACGAGAAACACGUAUUUCGCCAAGCAAAGCAAGAUACUGGAGAAGCGCUGAGAAGGCUUGCAGCAACAUGCGAAUUCGCAAGUAUUGACAAAGAGUUGGUAUCCCAAAUAAUCGAGGGAAGUGCGUCACACAGAUUACGCCGCGCCGCACUCCGUGAAACGGAUAUCACCCUAGACAAACUACUGGGAAUUGGCCGUAGCCUUGAGAUUGCAGAGCUACAGGCCUCCAACAUAGAAGGUCCUUCACAACAUCAGACAAUCCAAAAAGUGGCAGCGAAGAAGCCCUGGCGAGGAGUCACCACUCGCAAAGAGAAUCGCUCCAACCACAGGAGCUCACAAAAAUGCUUCGGAUGCGGGGGAAACUGGCCCCACAACAAUGGAAAAGCGAGCUGCUCAGCGUGGGGAGGCACAUGUCAUAAGUGCCAAAAGAAGAACCACUUCGCCAACUGGUGCAAGAGCACUCCGACGAACAAAGAAGCCGUUCGGUCUCUGGUAUCGUCAGCUGCCAUUUCGGCUUGA